UCCUCAAACUAUGUAAGUUUUGGCAAAUUGAUCCCCAAAUUUUUUUUCUUGGCAAAUUGGUCCCUAAACUUCUAUUCUACUAGCAUCCAUGAUCUUUUGCCGUUAACAAACUUUAUUCCCGUUAGUUUUAGCUCCUCUAUUACAUUAAAUGAUAUAUUUCAUGUUUUCCUCUCUUUUUAAUAAGGGUAUGAUAGGAAUUUUCAAAACAAUAAAUUAUGGGCAUAAUUGGUAUGCUUGAAACAUGAAUCUUAAGUGUAUAGAAGAAGAAAAGACACAUAUUAACACAAGUUAAAAACUCCAACCAGCUUGAGAAAGAAGAAAAGACAAGGUACAAGAGAGAAUAUGUCAUUGUUUAGAGGAGCAGUGUGGGUAGCUAAACAUUGAUGAACUCCAAUCAAUAACUGUAAAAUCGCUCCUUUACAACCAACGUGAGGAAGGAAAAAAUUUCUUGAAAUAUAAGGUUAUUUAUUCACUCAAUUAUGGUGGCUAUACAAGAACAAUAUGAAUUGCAGCCUAUAUACAGUGAGUCAUUUUUUUUUUAUUUUAAUUACAUUUUGUGUUUAUUAUGUAUUAUAUGUGUAAUUGUAUAUUGAGUUAAAAAUUAUAAUUAUAUGUCAGGUGAGAGUGAUGACCUAACUUUAAGUAUUUCAAAUACAAUCCCAAACAUUUCAAACUCAACUCCAAACACUUUAAACGCAAACCCAAAUAUUGAAACUAAUUAUGGAGAAUGGGAUGACAUUUUGAAUUUCAUAGGUCCAAGUCCAAGUGAAGAGAAUAAGAAAAGUGUUGACUUCCUUGUUAAUGCGAGUAUUGAUGAGGGUGGUGGUAAGGAUGUUGAUGAGGGUGAUGAUGAGAGUGGUCAAAAUUCAGAUGAAGAAAAUAGUACUGAAGAAGAAAUACGAGAUGAGGAUUAUGAACAACCAAUUGAGGAUUACUGUAUGACACUAGGACAACCUAUCACAUGGCCUGAAUUGAUUGAGGAUAGUGAUUUGCUCUUAGAUGGGGCCACUGAUGAAGUUGAUGUUGAGAGUAAUAUAAAUGAUCUUGAAGAUGAUGGCUACCCUGUAUUUAAUCCUGCAAUUGAUAUGAAGAAUCCAAUAUUUCAUUUACGUAUGGUGUUUGCGUCUAAGAAAGUUGUUAAGGAAGCAUUGAGAGAAUAUGCCAUAAAGAAUGGUAGACAGAUUAGAUUUGUGAAGAAUGACAAGAGAAGAAUUAGAGUAAUUUGCCAAGAGAGUUGCCCAUUUUUGUUCUAUGCUAGUGUAAUGGAGGACAAAAUUGGCUACCAAAUCAAAAAACUUAUUGAUGAACAUGAUUGCCAGCGGGUGUACAACAAUAAAAGAAUAGAUGCAAAGUGGUUAGCUGAAAGGUACAAAGAAAGAUUUAGAUCAGAACCUGGAACAACCUGCAAUGGCUUCAUUGACCAAGUAAAGGAUGACUUUGAAAGUGAGGUCUCCCGAUGGAAAUUCUACAGAACAAGGGCUACAGCAAUGAAAAUGAUUGAAGGAGAUAUCAAAGAUCAAUAUGCUUUGUUAUGGGAUUAUUGUGAAGAAUUGAAGAGAAGUAAUCCAGGCAGUACUAUUGUGCUUCAUAGUAGGGGAGUCAACGAAUUUUGGAGGUUGUAUUGUUGUUUUUCAGCAUGCAAAAAUGGGUUUAAUGCUGGUUGUAGGCCUCUAAUCGGGUUAGAUGGGUGUUUUUUGAAAGGGUAUUAUGAAGGAAUCCUACUUUCCGCUGUUGGUAUAGAUGCUAAUAAUUGCAUGUUUCCCAUAGCAUAUGCUGUGGUAGAUUCUGAGAAUAAAGAAAACUGGGAAUGGUUUGUAGAGAUUUUGAAAGAAGACCUUCAAAUGAACAAUAGCUUAUCUUUCACAUUCAUCAGUGAUAGACAAAAGGGCCUUUUGGAAGCUGUUAAGAAGCAUGCGGAAGACGCUGAACAUCGUUUCUGUGUAAGGCACAUGUACAAUAACUUCAAGACUAAACAUCCUAGCUUGACACUUAAAGAAAUGGUUUGGGCUGCAGCAAGAACAACAACUAUACCAAGAUUUCAACAACACAUGGCCACAUUGGGUGGCACUGAUGCUACUGCCUUAGCAUGGUUUAGUGAUAAGCCAACAUCUGCAUGGAGUAGAUCACACUUUCGAACUCGUCCCAAGUGUGAUAUUCUACUUAACAACUUGUGUGAGGCGUUCAAUAAGUCUAUACUUCCAGCUAGAGAUAGUCCUAUAAUAGUUAUGCUUGAGAGGAUCAAGAACUAUAUGAUGGAGCGAAUGGUAGAUAAAAGAAAGUCAAUGGAGAAGUGGAAGUAUCCAAUUUCACCCAAAGCCAUGGAAAUCAUAGCUAAGAAUCAAGAAUGGGCUCGAUUUUGUAGAAUUAAAUGGUCAGGUGAACUACAUUUUCAAGUUGGAGUUACUCAUACAAAUGAGCAGUAUGUGGUUGAUUUGAAUGCUAAAACAUGUGCAUGUAGAAAAUGGGAAUUAACUGGGAUUCCUUGUGUACAUGCUUUGGCUUGCAUACUCAAGGUAAAUUUAAAUCCAAUUUCUUUUGUUGAUGCUUACUACUCCAAGCAAGCGUAUGAGAAGACCUAUGCUGAAAUAAUCAAAGGUACAAAUGGCCCAGAAUCAUGGCCAAAUCCAAGAACACAUCCUUUGCAACCUCCUCUAGUAAAGAAAAGACCUGGACGUCCCAAGAAAGCUAGAAACCGUGAAGCUGGUGAGGUUCCUGCUAGUAAUAAAGUGAGAAAGUUUGGCACUAUAAUACUGCUUUGCAAAAAAAUGUGGAAAGCCUGGUCAUAA